UGCGCGCGCAUCGCGGCGCAGGUUCGAAUCUCGGGCGCCUCGCUGCGGCUCCCCAACGUCCCGGUCGCCCUCGGGGCGCCGCAGCCUGCUGCUCUGCGCCGCCCUCCGCCCUCCCUCCGCCACCGCGUGCCACCCAUCCCCGGCCCAUGGCCAAGCGGCGUGCGGCCGAGCCGCUCACGUUCCGCGUGCCUUGGAAGCGGCUCUUGCUCAGCGACUUCCCCGAGGGGCCACCGCUCUGGGCCCCGCCGGCUCGGUCCCGCAAACGGCAGGGGGACGCGGGGACCAUGGUGGAGCCUGCGGCUGCGCCCAGCAAGCGACGUGGCGGCGGGGACGGCGGCCAGGAGCGGCAACUUUGCCGCGGCCUGGAGCCGGGAAAGCCACCUCCCGGCGAGCAGGAAGAACCCCGGGGCGGCGGCGACGACGGGAUGGGGAGCGCGGGCAGCGGAGCCGACGGGGCGCACGUCCAGCCCAGUGAAGACUUUUGGCAGUAUAACACAUUCCAGUACUGGAGGAACCCUCUACCACCUCUUGAUCUGGCGGCUCUUGAAGAUGUGAGUGCAGACAGUUUGACAGAAACACUUCAGGACAAGAAUGAAGUAGUUGAGAUUGACAUGGAAUCCUGACAGGAGAAACUGAAGAAGUGGAUUUUUUUUAAUUUGAAAAGAACUAAAGGAAAUGUUGUUUUCCGUCCUUGACAUUUGACAUGGUACUGUUGUCAAAUCUGAAAAAUGAGGAAGAAUUUUCAGGCUUAAAUACUUGUAAUUACUGCUGAAUAUCCUAAUGAGAUUUUUAAAGGAUAUAAUAUAGUUGGAGGCAAAAUACUUGCAUUUUUAAUGAAAGGGGUUUUGUUCCUGCUCUAACUUUGGAGAUGCUUAUCUUGGAAAGGGUGUUGCAGCUUUAGAGGAAGCACUCAGCACUUCUUCUCUUGCUCUGUCAAAUGCUCCUCUGCACCAAAAAGCUUUCUUGCGGUACAUGGAAUGAACACAUUUAACAUUUAUAUAACCGAUGCUAAUAAAUACUUUCUAGUACAUUUUAUUGGCUCCUCUUGGUUGAACAAGUAGACUUGAGUAUCUAUGCAAAUUUAAAAUGUGAGAUUGUUUCUUAAGCUAAUAUUGUUUUAGAAGACUAUAAAUUUUAAACUAGUGAGAAUUUCCAUUUGGGUAGCUUGUUUUAACUUUCAGUAUUUGCUGUUUAUUAGAGGCAACAGAUAUAGCCAAAAAAAACUGGAUAAAGAGCAGUAAGAAGUAGAUGCCUGCCCCUCCUCCCCUUUUCUGAAGUGAAAGGAAUGAUGUGGUCAGUGUAUUGAGUUUUGGUUUGAGUCCAUUUUGUUACUGUUGACUACUUUAGCCCCGCAGUUCUCAAUACUGAUAGCACUUUAACAGGUUUUGGUUUUUUGAGCCCCACCCUAGAGAAAUUUCAUUCAAUUAUUUGAAGGUGGGCUUUACACAUAGUCAGUCUUUUAUUAUUGUGUUGUUUUGGGCGCCAAGUCUGUAUUCCUGUACUGUGCAGACCUGGCCAGAACCACUAGACUAGGAGCUUUUCCUGUUUAAAGGAGAUGAUCGCUAGUGAGCUGAAGAAUGCCUGUUUGUUAGUCUUGUCCUUAAUUUGUUACAUUAUUGGAUCUGUUACUUCUAAGUUAUUGUGUUACAGUUUUAUUGUUAAUAAAGUACACUGUUUAUGCUUGA